UGCUAUGAAAAACCACUUCUUCUUUAUUGUUUUUCCCUCUCUCUCUUUCUCUCCCUUUCUCUAAAAUUUCCUCUAGAAUUCUAGCCUUUCUUCCCUGCUAGAACAGGGAAGAAAGCAAACAGAGCAAGAAGGAAGACAGACCCCUUUGCAGAAUUGGUCAUUAGGAAUAGACCUAAAAGAGGAGGGGACAAUUCGGAAACGAACUACCUAAGAAUAAGGAACUCUUUCUGAGAAACAUGCCCCAGCUUCAUCUCUUCUUCAUGGUCUACCUUGCUUCUUUCCAUUUCUCUCUCCCCUUCCACAACAGCGCAUGCGACACAUAUCCCAGACAUGAAUGCAAGGAUCAUGUUAACUUCAUACCAGGCCAUAAUUUCAUCGGGGAGGGAGUUGAUAUCACCACUCUGGAGAGGAAAGCAGCUUACGUGGUGGACAUCAGCAAGUGGCAGGGACCCAAUGGGACAUGUACCCUAUGUCGGAAUGAUAACAUGGGUGAGCAGCUGCAGAGACUCCCCCUGGUUGGGGUGGACUGGCGGCAGAAAGAAAUCUGCCACCAACAAACAAGCAGCUUUGUAGAUGAGUUAGACAUAGAUGUGGCCAAUGCUGUAGCCAAAGACGUGACGAAUGACUGGAAAACAGAGUUGGCCGAGGAUUUGAUGACGGAGGACCAGGGGUUCUCCAAAGCUCAGGUGGCUUUUGCUGGCUCUCGCUCCAAAAUGGCCAUUUUUGCAUAUCAGAAAACCCGCGAAGACAGAUACAGCUUUCUGAGGAACGAGAUCGAAUGCAAACAUUACAGUUUGGGCCUUCAGACAGAUCCUCUGCUGUCCUUCCAUUUUGCUCGGGCCGUUGGCAAGUUGCCUCCCAACCACGACCCUGAGGAAUACCAGCAUUUCAUCAACAAGUUUGGCACCCAUUAUAUCAACAAGGUGAAUCUGGGUGGGCGAGUUCGUUACUUGGUGGCUUUGAAAACUUGCAUCAUGACCUUAAUGGGGUUCACAGCUGAGAAAGUCAAGCUCUGUUUAGAUUUGAAAACAAAUCUGAAACAUAUGGGGUUUGGGGGAUCUAUUUCCUUGCGUUCCAAAUGUGCCAAACUCCAGUUUGGGAAAUCUAAAUUCAGGUUCCAUGACCUUUACAUGGACCAGGACACAGAGGUGGUUGGCGGUCACAAAAACAUGGUCUUCUCGGAAAGCAGAGACAUGCACCAUCUCGCAGAAUGGAUGGAUAGCACCAAAAGGACACCUGGGUUGGUGUCUUAUUCCCUUUUAUCUCUACACACCUUGUUGAACAAAACAGAUCCCAGGAGGAAUUUUUUAAAGCAAGCCAUUGUGAGCUACAUCAAACAAAGAGCCCUAAGGAGAGACUGUCGCCAAAGCUGUCCUGAGAACUUCAACAGCUUGGUCCACAAGUGCACUUGCAUGUGUAUACCCAACGGUGUCAUCAAUGACAAAUGUUGUGGCACCGAGCAGGGCAGGGCUUACCUCAAGUUCCACGUGCACAGCGGAUCUGGUCUUUGGGGUGACUACUUUUCCUCCACCGAUGCCUACGUCAAAAUUUUUUUCCAAAACCAGGAAAGGCGUACUAGGGUGAUCGGUGGGAACGACAAUCCUCAGUGGUCAGAAAUUCUGAACUUUGGGGCUGUCACACUGGAUGGCAAUGACAAGUUUGUGAUGGAGGUUUGGGACAGCGAAGUCUGGCAUGAUGAGCUCUUAGACCAAUGUCAAGGGAGGCUGAGGUCAGGCUUUAGUGGCUGGCUCAGAUGCUACCUCCAACAUGGAUACGUUUGGUUCAAUUACAUGUUGACAUGUGCCCCCACUCUGACCGGCUCCAGCUGCCAUGACUAUGUCCCUUUGCAUCUGCCAACCUCCUAUUUCAAUGACACUAAUCCCAACUGGGAAACUUCAUGGUCACACAAAUUUCGUACCUAGGUACUCAUCCUGAUAAAUUAAGGCAUUAUUCAGAAUUGGAAGGGAUCUAAUAUACAACAACCGAGAAAGAGUUAUUGAACAGAUAAUUCCUAUAAAAUGUAGUCCUCAAUUUACAGCCACAAUUGAGCCUAACAUUUAUGCUGUUAAGUGAGACAAUUGCUAGGUGAAUUUUUGCCCCAUUUUGCGCCUUUG